CUUCUCUUUCAGGUGUGUUCGGAGCAGUUCUGGGCUGUCUGUGUGUGGGUGUGUGUGUACGUCUGUGUGUGAGUGAGUGAGUGUGUGCGUGUGUGUGUGAGUGAGUGUGUGUGCGUGAGGUGGCGCGGGGGUCCAGAGGCGGGCGCAUGAGGAGAGGGCGUGUCCCACCCCACAGCGCUCCCGGCAACACAGCCAGCAACGCAGCCCCCCCCUGCUGGGAGAGACACACACCGCUCCUCCCACAGCCAUGAGGUCUAUCCGGUCAUUCGGGAACGAUGACCGCCACGUCAUGGCCAAGCACUCCACCAUCUACCCCUCCUCGGAGGAGCUGGAGGCCGUGCAGACCCUUGUGUCCACCGUGGAGUGCGCCCUCAAGCACGUCUCCGAAUGGAUGGACCAGCAGGCCAACCAAUCACAGGCUGCCAGCAGCCCGGAUGACGACACAGACGCCAGCACAGACGAAUCCGCAGAAGGCAGCACCAAGGAGCCCGGUGGCGGAGUCCUGUGUGGGGUGAUACGGAUCGGCCUGGUGGCCAAGGGCCUCCUCAUCAAGGACGACAUGGACCUGGAGCUGGUGCUCAUGUGUCGGGAGAAGCCCACCGAGACGCUGCUGCGCACCGUCUCCGACAACCUGCCCCUGCAGAUCCAGAAACUGACGGAGGAGAAGUACGAGGUGCAGUGCAGCGUUCCAGAGGCAGCCAUUUUGGUCCAGAGCACUGGCGAUCCUAAACUCACACUGAAGGUCACUCUCACCUCGCCGCGGAUGAGAGAGGAGGACACCCCCACAGACGCGGCAGAUGCGGCAGAUGCGGCUGAUGCGGCAGAUGCGGCUGAUGCGGCAGAUGCGGCUGAUGCGGCAGAUGCGGCUGACGGGGCUGAUGCGGCUGACGGGGCUGAUGCGGCUGGCGGGGCAGAUGCGGCUGACACAGAGACAGACACAGAGCGCGUUGAGCCGUGCGCGGAGCCGGAGGUGCUGGACAGAGAGCGGUGCCUGCUGGCGUUGGCGUCCCUGCGGCAUGCCAAAUGGUUCCAGGCUCGAGUGAAUGGGCUGAAGUCGUGUGUGAUCAUUCUUAGAGUUCUGAGGGACAUGUGCAACAGAGUACCCGCCUGGGAGCCCCUCAAGGGAUGGCCCCUGGAGCUGAUCUGCGAGAAGGCCAUCGCUACGUGCAACCGGCCGCUGGGCGCUGGAGAGGCGCUGCGCAGGGUCAUGGAAUGCCUCGCCUCCGGAAUUCUGCUGCCCGGUGGACCAGGUUUACACGACCCGUGCGAGAAGGAACCCACAAACACACUGGCCAGCAUGACUGACCAGGAGGCUGAGGCCAUCACGUACAGCGCACAGCAAUCUCUAAGGCUCAUGGCGUUCGGACAGAUCUACAAGGUCUUGGAAAUGGAUCCACUUCCCUCAAGUAAACCUUCACAGAAGUACCCUUGGUCAGAUAAAGAAGGCCUGGGACUGAAGAGACCGUACGAGGACGGGAUGAUGGAUGACAAAGACCUCAUCAAGAAGAUGAAACGCAACCUGAGAAAAGUUCUCGACAGUAAAGCAAUAGACUCGAACCAACCAAUGAACGCGCUGAUGCGGCUGAACCAGAUCCGGCCGGGUCUGCAGUACAAGCUGCUGUCGCAGUCGGGCCCCGUGCACGCGCCCGUCUUCGCCAUGUCCGUGGACGUGGACGGCACCGUUUACGAGGCCUCCGGCUCCUCCAAGAAGACCGCCAAGCUGCACGUGGCCGUCAAGGUGCUGCAGGCGAUGGGCUACCCCACAGGCUUCGAUACGGAUCUGGACUCCAUGAGUGCAGAUGAGAAGUCAGACGGGGAGGGGAAAAGCGAGUCGUCCACCAACUCAAGCAAUAACACAUCGCACUCCACAGACAGCUCCAACACACUGGAGGUACACAAACACAAACCGGAGGUGAGAACUCAGGGCCCCAUUCUGACAGCGAGCGGUAAGAACCCAGUGAUGGAGCUGAACGAGAAGCGCAGAGGCCUCAAAUACGAGCUCAUCUCAGAAAGCGGAGGCAGCCAUGAUAAACGCUUCGUCAUGGAGGUGGAGGUUGAUGGGCAGAAGUUCCGCGGCGCCGGACCCAAUAAGAAGGUGGCGAAGGCGAGCGCAGCCCUGGCCGCUCUGGAGAAGCUCUUCUCCGGCCCCAACGCCGCUGGCAACAAGAAGAAGAAGCUCAUCCCUCAGACUAAAGGGGCCAUUGCGGCUGCCGCUGCUGCGUCUGCUGUGGCGGCUCAGGCAGCCCGGGGUCGAGGCCGGGCCGCUCUCACAAGAGGAGCCUUCAUCAGCGCUGCCGCUCCAGGAUACGUCACGCCAGGCUUCGGGACUCCGUACGGGUACAGUGCGGCUGCAGCAGCUCCAGCUUACGGUUUACCCAAGAGAAUGCUUCUGUUGCCCGUCAUGAAAGUCCCCGCCUUCCCCGUCCCUCAUUACUCCUUCUUUUAGCUCAAGAGCCCACCAAAAACACACACACACACACACACACACACACACACACAAACAUAAACACACACACCAAAAACAGAACACACACACACAGAGAGACACAGACUUGUACCACAAGGUCAAUGAAGAGAGGAUUAGAAAAAAGUCCUUUUAUUUUUAUUUUGUCCUCAUAUCCCCUACCAUAUCAUCACACACACACACACACACACACACACACACACACACACACACACACAUGUGUAAAACAAAGAUAAGACACAGGAGAACAGGGGAUUAUAAGGACUUUGAGCAGAAGAUCAUUUGUAAAGUGCUUUUUUUCUUUGUUUUGUUCUUUUACUGUUUCCAUCUUUUAUUGAUAUAAAUGCAGGUGUAAGUUCUUUAAAAAAAAAAAAAAAAAAGACUUGAAGGAUUUGUACUGUGAAUCGUUACCUCAUUCUCGGAGUGUAAAUUAUACCAGCCUUUUUUGUCAUUUUUUUUCUAUAGGAGGGAUUUAGGCCAUGUGAUCUGACAGACACAAUCUCUGUAAAAGUGACAGGCGCUGUGUGUAAGCUGUAUAGGUAUAAUGAAACUAAUGUUGACAAAUAAGGAUAAUAAUAAUAAUAAUAAUAAUAAUAAUAAUAAUAAACCUUUAUCUCCUACCACAGCUGAGAUGCUUUCUGCUUGUGUGUCUGACUGUAGCCGUAGCACUGUAGAGAGAACAGGUGGUCACACCACUGUUAGCGACAAGGUCACAUGGGUUUUACAGGAAGUGAUGUCGCUCAAGCAGGGGUAUUUCCUGUCUCUACUGUCCAGUUUCUAUUUUAGAUUACUUGAAGUGGCAUAAUUUGAAAAUUAAUAGCAGAUCAUAGGCAACUGAGUGACAACUUGAUCAUCAUGUUUAAUAGUGUAGACAUAGACUACUGAAAUCGGCCACAUGAGCAAUAUCUCAGGUUAAGACUUUACCCAGAUCAUGUCAGUCACCUAAAGAAGAGAAUGAGACUGGUUCCCCUGAUUUCAGGAUAAAUGAACAACCCUUCACCCACUGUCUGACUACACACACACACACACACACACACACACACACACACACACACACACACACUAGGCAUCUGCUAUCCUCAUUCACACGGCUAUCAGAUAUGGCUGGUUAGUUGGCUGGUUCACCGUGUUCCUCUAUAACCUAUCCAUUCUUUGUCAACACCCAUUUGACACUGACACAUACACAUACACCAGCAAACCAGAACCCCACACUCAUAACUACCAGACGACACAAAGCCAUGUACUGGAGAAUCGAAAGCAGCAACAAGGGACCCCUAUGGAGACAUUGCUACCUAAUUGUUCUUGUUUUAAUUUUGUUGUUAUUUUGUUGGGUUAUUUGUUUGUUUCUGUUUUUUUCUCCUCUUGGUGAGCGUCUCUGUUGUCGUCUGUGUGAGUCGUGUCCUCUCCCAUGGGGCCAGCACAAGUUAACUCACAGCGUCUCGUCAUCGGCACAGUCCCUCUCUCCAUUUCUGUCCUCUCCUCAUCCUCCUCCUCAUCAUCUUCGUCCUCAACCCAAGCCAACUCCUUCCUCAGUAUACCACUCCUCACAGCUAAACCUCCCAGCCCCCCCCAGCCAAAGAGUGAAGACUGCUGAGACUCUUAAAUAAAUGUCCCUUGGUGUCAGGUAUUUAUCAUUUUUCUGUUAAGACAGGUUUAGGUUAGAUUAGAUAAAGUUAAAAAUGUUAGGCCAUUGUUUGGAGAAAAAAAAAAGUUAAAAAAUGUGAAUAUUCAGAUAUUCAGGAUCAAUAUUGAUUUUGGUCAAUAUUGACUUUGCAGUCAAGUCUAUUGGUCCUUCCCAGGAUGUUACCUGUAAGAGGUCCAACUCUUUGAAUGUUCUUUGUAGACGUCACUAGUUCUGUUCCCCUUCACAAUUGUGUCCACGGAAUCAUUAGUUAUUUUCCCCUGCAAGGCACUGGGUCUGUUUCCUUAUGUGCUCUCUAUUAGGGCCUUGUUUUCAGAGACUCUUCUUCCACUUGAGGUGUUCAAUUAUCCAUUAAUGGAGUGUGUAUACCGUUAUCUUAUGGGAAUACAUCCUCAAGUAUGGUACAAUGGAAUAUGUCCUCAGUGGACAAUGGAAUGCAUCCUCAAUGGACAAUGGAAUACAUCCUCAAGUGUAAUAGGAGAGGAUGUGUUCCAUUGUCCCACAUACAUUGUGGAGUUGGUUCAGUUGUGGGUAGUUUCGAGAUGGGGGGGGCUCACUGUGGGUACUGUAGGUCCUCAGGUUCUGCUGGAUUCAGGAAGAGUAAAAGGGGAUGUGAUGGGGCUGAGGUAGGAUGGAGGAGGAAGGAUGGAGAUUGUUGGCUUGGGGAGUGUGGCUCUAUCGAGACAGGACAGGGUUUGUGCUGACCCAUGGCAGGGACGAGGCCAUCACUGACGAGAGAGAGAGCGAGAGAGAGAGAGAUCCCGGAACCCCAAAGGCAGUGGCUGUUUCCAUAGUAACUGCUCUUUUUUUGGUACUGGUUGGUUUUUCGUAUUCUGGGGGAUGUCCUUCCAGUACUAGAAAUAGCCAGCCCACGCUGUCUUCUACCUGAAUAACACAUAGCCAAUGGGUUGCUCCUUUCUCUCUCUUUCUUUCUCUCUCUCUCUCUCUCUCUUUCUGUGAUGGCAGCCAUUCUGCUGAACUCUCUCCAAAAUCACACUGGAUUUGAUUUGUCAGAGUUACAUACUAACCACAUUUGUCUGUACAUCCAAGUUGCCACAUAAAAAAAACCUUGUCCUCA